AUGCCCGACGUCAACACCAUCUCCCCUCCUCCCCACGCCUCACCCUCGCCUCGCACCCAGUCGCCCUCCAGCUCGCGCUCUCCCCACUCGCUCGCCGCCACGGCUGCCUUGAAUGCCGGCAUCCACAACCAGGACUCGCGCUCGCCCUCGUCAGGUGACAUACGGAGAGAUGCAGAACGUGCCCGUCGCCGCUCCAGCAUCCGCAUGAACCUCAACCUCAACGAUCCCGCCCUACCUGCCCCCGGCGAGAUGCAGCAGAGCCCUUCAGCCCGCGCCAGAGGCACCGGUACCUGGCCACACAGCCCACACCAUGAGCGCGCCCCCAGCCUAGGUGAGCUGCAUCAGGAGCUCGAGGCUGAGCAGGAGGGCCAGGUCAACCGCCUCCUCAAUAUGAUCCGCGCCCAGCAGGCCCAGAUAAACAGCCUUCAAGCCAACCAGCACCCCUCGUCGGCCUCUGCUGUUGUUGACGACGGCACCCCCACCUCGGAGCGCUCCAUGUCCAUUCCCGCCUCGCACUCGCACUCGCAGCACAUGUCGCCGCUGCCCUCGGCCGCCCAGCCCCGUUCCCGCUCGCCUUUUGGCCUGGGUUCUAUCAGCCGCCAGUCGUCGUUUGCAGACCGCUCGCGCCACAGCAGUCAUGCGGGCUCUCCCGCCCUGCGGCCCAUAUCCGGCCAAGCCGGCUCCUACGACCCCCACGACAUGCUUCCCAGCCCUGCAGCCGCUAGAGAUGAAAGUGCUUUUUACCAGGCAGAGACUCAGAACCUGACUCGCGAGAACCAGAUGCUCAAGCAGCGGAUACGAGAACUAGAACGCCAGCUAGCAGAGCAAAACGCUACCAGCCAAAUUACCCACUCUCCCUCUGUCCACUCUAGUCUUGCCCCAACCCCUAAUCGUCAGGCCAAUGAUGGUGACGAUGCUCCCCAGGAUGCCCAGCCAUCUGCCACUGCAGAGUAA